AUGAUCCAAUUAAACCAACUAAACACAAGAGAUAUACUACUACUAGCACAACUAAGUGAACAACAUGGAAUUGAUAAUUAUAAACAAGUCCAUGAAGAAUUAUAUGACCAUCCAGUAUGGAAAUUAUCCCAUAAUAGAUUAAAUAAGAAUGAAUUAUUAUUAAACCCAAAUGAUACCCAAUCUUUAAUUGAUCAAUUGAUUGAAAAACAUGAAGAUUUACCAAUUGUUGAGAUUUGUGAAUAUUAUUAUGAUGUUCGUUUAAAAGAAUUGGAAAGUGAAAUCCAGGAGAAUAAAGAAUUGUUUCAUUUAGUUAAAUCAGAGGUAUAA